UUCAUGGGGCGUGUGAUGCAUUAAUAUCGCACGAGGCAUUCGAGUUUCCUCAUAAUUUGCCCAUAACUGGGUGACAACAAACCCCAGGCGCCCUUUGCCCACUUCACCCUGAGCAUCUCAAUCGGAAUCCAGGUUUGGCAGGUCCAAGAUGACAAUGUCUGGGCAGAUGGCGCUCAAUCAAACAUCAAAAACGCUCGGGGAGAGGAAAAUGCGGUCUUGCGGUGAGUGCCGGCGACGAAAACAGAAGCAACCGUGUCGAAAUUGCUCGCGACGGAUGCCUCCGCCCAUCUGUAACUACGAAAACAGUCCAUCUGUCUUGUCAGCGAACCAUGGAGGUCUAGUUAAGGCUGCUGCUUACGAUCAGAGGGCGGCUCAGCUUAAAGUAGCAGGAUUUGCUGCACGCUCGGCUCUCCCAGGACCAAAUCUUGUGUCUUCCAGUACCUUCCUACCCUCAGCUACCAUCGUCUCUUCGCCAUAUGUGACAGGCCUCCUGGGGCCUAGCCAGAUCGAUCAGUGGCCAUUCGCAUUCCCGGAUACAACCCUCGGCGGAGACGGACUCGAGACAAAUCAAAGUCCAUGCUGGAGUUUCCAGUCAGAGCGGUACCAAGCCACCGCGCUCACGUUUCAGACCGAUUUCCCCAGCCCCUACGUCGAUGCUUUCCUUCCCAUUUUAGAGCGAGGCCCAGCGCAUGCGCCCGCUUCUCUCUUCGUAGAAGCAUGCCUGCUCAGUCAAAGCGCCGUGGCAGAUUUGGACAGUACCUAUGAUGCCGAACGCCGAGCAAUUCAAGCCAUACAGGAGGGCCUGACGUUGCCCAGCGCAACAGCAUAUGGGCAAGCCAUGUCGGCGGGGGUCAAGCGGCUAAUUAGCGAUGUCUGCCGCUCCGAGAUCCAAACCCUGCAAGCGAGUAUGGACGACGUCCACAGAUUGAUGGGGAUAUAUGGCGGUCUGGGUGCACCCGACUUGAAUGGGCUGUUGGCAAGAGUCGCUAUCAUCAUGAUGCAGAUAGGCGCGCUCGCAUUGGAAGUUCCUCCGUCCAUUAAAGAGCAGGACCUCUCAGGCUACGAUGAAUCCUUGGGACGCACCGAACCAGCACCGUCCGUCGAGUUGGAAGCCGCUACCGCGGCUAUGCUCAAGGACGUCGAGUUUCUCCUAGACACGGUGCUUGCUUUGCCGCAACAAGCAUCAUCAUGGCAGCUGCGGAAAGUGCGGUCCAUGUCGGAGUGGCUCCACGGUCGUCUGUCAGGGGCAGCGGAUCAGGCCUGCACCGCCCAGCCGCUUCACCACGCUGCGAGGCUCGCGUCGCUGAUCUAUUGCCGGACAAUCGAAGCCCGCGAGCCAUUUAGCAAAUCAAUAAAAGAGGAGGAUGUUGUGGCGCUGGUUGACGCUGUGUGGAAAGUGCCCUUGGAGUUGUGGAACGGCCACCUGGGAACGCUCCUGUGGGUGUUGGCUACGGUGCUACCGGCGGCAAGGGAGAUGAAGCUGUGUUACCGUACUAGGGCAAUGAUGACGGCGGCUGCUGUGCAACUCGCCUUACGGAUUGGAAAAGCGCCUCAGCUGUGCUGGGUCGCAUUAUAAAGCUGCAGGCAUGGCUUCGUUGUUGCCCUCAAGACCAGGAUGUCUGAUGGUUCCGAGUGCGAAUCUGCGCAAGAAAAAGCUAUCCGGAAUAGCUAAUAUGAGUGUGUGCGUGUUGUACUGAUGGGACAGAAGUUCCAUCGGGUAAUUACGAUGAGACAAUUGAGACCGCGGUGUAUAAACAGAGUCUUGGUCGGACAGCCGGGAUCAGUCCGAGGCGGAAUGGUCCGAGGCUGUUUGGGUCCGGUACGGAGUACGGAGUACCUCGCCGUUGAGUGAUACACGUGUAAACCGGGGUUCGGGUCAACCAGCGUAAGGGGUCGGGCGGUUGUGUCACCCCAGGAAAUCGGCUUGGCAAAAAUG